AUGAACGAGACCUUUGUCAUCGAAGCUGCAAUUUCGGACACCAGUAAAACCGAUGACGAAUCAGACGAAGGAACCAGCGAUACAGGCCCUACCCACGACCCUAUCCACGAUACCAUCUCGUACUCUUUCAAUGAAACAGCGGAAUCUUUUGGACCCAUUGAGCAAGUGGCCCAGAAUGAAGAAGAAUCAAUUGCCGAAGUGGAACUGGUGGAAGUGACCGUCAAUCGGCCCAUCACGUAUCAAAUAGAAGAUCAUGGAACGAACCAGGGAAAGCGGAAAUUGUUGGACAGCAGAGGUUUCACUUACACUGUGAAAGUAAGAGAUAAAUAUAUAGUUUUCAUCUGA